AUGCAGGAAGCUACGCCGGGCUCAUAUGCCAGCGAUAUUGAAUAUGUGACUCCACUCCAGGGACGAAUAUUGGAGGUCUUCAAACUCAUUCGCACCGAUAUCCAUGGUGUUCCGUCUGCAAUGAUCACUCAAGUCGCGGACUUUGUUUCCCUGGCCUUCAGCGACGAAAGGCUUGCUCAGAGCAGCUCAGUCAAACGGACAUACAUUGCCAUGUCUAAAGAGAGCAUGGGCAUUCUGCAGUACCAUAUACUGAGCAACGCUUCUGACUCUGAUAUAUAUGCAACAGGCGCAUUCUCCGCUGCCUUAUCUGCCCUGUCAAAGCCAAUGAUGCUAAAGUAUAGCUUUCCGAUUACAACCAAAUCGGAACCGCCAUGGAGGGUGGCGACAACUUCAGCACUCGCUGCCUUGGAGGCGGCCCUUCCUCAAUUGGGUGCAGCCAAUGUAUCUCAAAACACAUUCCAGGAUAUCUGGCAGAUCAUUGUUAAUAUUGCCAACGGGAUCAUCAGCGCGGAUUAUGACAAGGCGACGACAGAGGUCGACAUCCUUGCUGAUCAGGACUUCGACAUCAACUCUUUUCGAAAGCUUCGAGAUCUCAUCAUUCCUUCGCUAGGUGCUGAUGUCAUCCCGGACAAAACUCGGAAGGCAUAUGCUGAAGGGCUCUUCCGGACAUCUAUCAUACAUGCGCCAGCCCCGGCCGAAGCCGCAGUCAUCUACGGAAGCAAGUCUAACGGCAACGAAGGUGUUGGUCUGAGCAACUUCUUCAAGCCGCGUAAUGGCAGGACCAUUGAUCCUCCUCCUACUAGAAGACAGAAGAUGAGUUAUCCCUUACAUCAAAUUCUCAACCAAAAUCUGACGCAGAAACAGCACAUGCACUUCACGUUCGCCUAG